UAGCAACUCGUAGUGAGAGUGCAUACGCUCAUCACAACACAUAAAUGGAUGACACAACAGAAAUCCAUUUGCAUAAUGCAUUUCUCUCAUGGAAAUACAAAGACUAUUAUAUAGUGAGUAAUGUAACACCUCAGUGCAGUGCAAUGCCUACCUGCAACAAAACUUCUAUCAGCAUCAGAGGAUAAAAAAGUGUCUUGAGGGAAGAUGUUCUUGAUCUUUGAAAAAUUUUAUCCAGUUAACUCGUUUUUCUAUUUUAUCAUAUUUUGAGUGUUGAAUCAUUAUGUUUAAUAUUUCUAAGAAUUUAACUGAAAAAUGACACCGGAUUCUCCUAGAUUUCACACUUUGCAUUCAGUUAACAGAACCAUACGAAUCAUGCAUGAAAUAAAAGUUUAUAAAGUCAAACGAUAGCUUUGUGUGUCUUUAUUCAUUUGAAAUUUUCUAGAAUAGAUCAUCUUUGGCACGGUAAUGCGAGUUCAUGAUUCGAUUCGUGCACAGAUAAUUCUUUUGAGUCAAUCUUUUAAAUGAACGAAACCAGUGUGAAUGGUUCACAUUAAACUGGAUAGAUCUGGGGUAUGUUUCCCAAAAGCAUCGUUAGCAAACUGUGGUUGUUAAAUUACAUUGAACUAUAACGACAUCACUUGCGACCGUAGUUGCUUUGGGAAACGAGCCCUGUGAAUUUUGACUCAGCGAUCGCUUCUCCAUAGAGAGGAUUAUAAAGUAAUCGCUUAAAGUUUGGUCCAUUCAUUAAACAAAUCUAUUGUAUAACUUGGAGAACUGUGCCAGUUGUUUUGGCUACUUUUAUGAUAUGUUUGGUGUGUUUGGAUUCGUUUUGAAGCUUGGAAUGCAGCAUGAAACGGAAUCCCAUUCAUUGUAUUCAAAUUUAAUUUAUAUUGAUUCGUAGAUUUAAAUGACAUAACUUUUUUUGUUGUUGUUGUUCAUAGAAAUGCUGAUGUUGUUAAAAAAUGCAAAGAGAAAACAUAAAAACAAGACAUUAAGUUAAUAUGUUCCUUUGUCUUAUAUAGCUUAAGUAUUUCAAAGUAUUCUAAAUUAUUUAGAUUAAGUUACUAAACCUGAGUAAUAUAACGAAAUGCAUUACAUUAAAGCAUAAUAAUUUUGAAAUACAUUUGAUAAGUAACCUUCCCAGCCCUGCUGACAAACUAAUGCCAUGUGAACUGUUGCUGUUUGUAGAUUGUCUGGCUGUAUGGUGACAGAGGAAGGCUGUUGUUACCUGUCUUCAGCUCUAAAUUCAAACCCCUCACACCUGAAAGAGUUGGAUCUGAGCUACAAUCAUCCAGGAGAAUCAGGAAUCAGGCUGCUCUCUGAUUUACUGAAUCAUCCAAACUGCACACUGGACAAACUCAGUGUGGAUCAUGGAGGAGAGUUCAGGAUUACAGCAGGACUACACAAAUAUUUCUGUGAUCUCACAAUGGAUCCAGACACAGCAAACACUAAGCUCAUUCUGUCUGAGGAGAACAGAAAGGUGACAUAUGUGGAUGAGGAUCAGCCGUACCCAGAUCAUCCAGAAAGAUUUAAUAAGCGUCCUCAUGUCCUGUGUAGAGAGGGUCUGUUUGGACGCUGUUACUGGGAAACUGAAUGGAGUGGACAGGCUGAUAUAUCAGUGACAUAUAAAGGAAUCUGCAGGAAAGGGUGCUGAAUGUGUGUUUGGAUUCAAUGAAAUCUCCUGGUGUCUGAUCUGCUCUGAUGAGCCAUUUGGUCUCUGGAGCAAUUAUCGUCACAUUGACACACGUGUCACUUCAGGCUCCUGUAGGAAAGUAGGAGUUUAUGUGGAUGUGUCGGCCGGCACUCUGUCCUUCUACAGCAUCUCUGACACACACAUGCUAACACACAUAUACACAUUCAACACCACAUUCACUGAAACUCUCUAUGUUGGAUUUGGAUUCAUGGUUCAUGAUUCGAACUCCACACUGACUCUGUGUCGGAGUGAAAAGCCUGAAAACAAUGCCACAGAUGUCACAAGUGAAUGAAACAAAUGCUUUCACUUUAUAUACCUUUAACAUACACAAAUGCACUAAUUUAAAUGUAUAGGCUCAUGUAUCUUUGCACAAAAUCUGAUUUAUAUUUCAAAUUUUACAUGUUUACAUAUGUGUUUGCCUAAAAUUUUAAAUCCAAAAUUGUAGGGUUGGAAAUCAACAAAGUGGAUUAUUUAAACGUGAAAAUUUUUAUGUUCUGGAAUACUUAAUUCUCUGCUUGGUUUUAAUUGUUGUAAUCACUGUGUUGCAUCCGGUUAAAACCGGAACACACCAAGCCGACGCCGACACCACACUGCAAAAAAUGCUUUUCUUACUUAGAUUUUUUUGUUUCCAGCCAAAAUAUCUAGAAAUUCUUAAAUCAAGAAGGAUUUUCUAGACAAGUCAAAAUUAUUGUCUUGUUUUCUGAAAAAACAAGUCAAA